AUGGCCACGUCAUCCAAAAAAUGGAAAGCAUCUUAUGACAGCAAUAGCAAGUAUAAUAGUAAUUGGGAGAAAACAUACUCAUGGCUCAAAAGAUCUUCAGACGGAUCAGAGGCAGCAUACUGUAAACUGUGUCGGUGUACUGUUGCACCAAGAAUUACUAGCAUUUCAAAUCAUGAAAAAUCCGAAAAACACAGGAUGAAAACUCCGUCAAAAAGCCAGUCACAGCUUAUUACAACAAUAACUCCUAGGCAAAGUAAUGAUAAAGUUAAAGCAGCAGAGUUGCAACUUGCUGUAAGCAAUACGCACAAUUGA